AUGUUGCUAAAUAAGCUGUUAGACUACUAUUUACAAGCGCUAUUUAAACAAAACCUACAGGGGGCGGCACAAAUGCCCUUAGGCGCAACACCAGCAGCGCCUUUCCUGCCUACUAACACAAUUAACGCACACAGGCACCGAACUGUUUACUAUAAGCGCGUCAACGCAGCGCUUGCAGGGAAUAAUCCUGCAAGCGCCCUGCGACGGGUCGCGAGCUGGUGGGGGGGGCGCAGGCAGCGCGCGAGGUGGCGGCGGCGGCAGCAAGGCUGCAUAGGCGGCGGCGGUAAGGGCAGCAGCAGCGGCAGUAGCAGCAGCAGCAGCAGAAGGAGCAGCUGA